AUGCUGAUUUACGGCAAGGAUUCAGGAGAUCGACCCGAUGAAAUCUUUGUUCGCCUUGACAUUAAAUCUAUGCACCUAAUGAACUACAAGCUGUGGAUCGCCGAUGUUGUUGUUUUAUCAAUGGCUAUCGCUUGGGGUUUGCUAACAAUUGGUUUCACGUUCUACAACCUUUUCGGAAAGCCCAUCGAAACGCUCACUGGUCCAUUUGGCCUUUAUGUGUGGAAUAUUUGCGCCCUUGUAUGUUCUCUUCUUGCCGUCAUUCUGUUUGUGAUCACAUUCUACACUAGUAUCAACAAUACAGACAUCUUCUUUGACAAUGACUACAAAGCUGGUUGGCGAUCGAAAAACCUUGCAUCUCUUGAUUGGUCUUUCUACAUCAGCAUAGGUGCUAUUGGAUGCUUCAUCAUUAAUGUUGUACUGCUUGUUCUGUCUAAUGAAAAAAACAGAGCGCCGACAUAUUCAGCUUCUGCACCCCACAAACCAGUGGAUGGUAUUUUAAUGUAUUGA